AUGAAGAAGGAUAAGUUAAAACAAUUUUUUCGAACUGAUAGAAGUAUUUCAGAUACAAAAUAGCAUUAUUUUUAUCAUUAAUCUAAAAAAUAGUAACCCGAAUUUAUAUACGAACCCUAAACUGAACGAUUGGUCAGAGAAAAUUAGUAAUUAAACUUGUUAAUAUUUAGCAAAGAAAAAAAUUAAGAUUUUUAAAAGGUUGAUUAACCAACCUAGAGACACUUAUUUUUAUAAAAAUGGAAAACCAAUCCUACAACAGUUAAUCGCUAAGUCAACACAUAAAUUUAAGAUCAAAGUAGUAACAACUCUUUCUCCUCAAAUAAAACUAAAUUGUUUGACGAGUCUGAAUCAGAAUAUGAAAUUUCUUCUAAUUAAUCCUCCGAUGACGAUGACUCAGAUCAAAGUUCUGAAAUGAGAUUCAAGGACUUUGAGAAAGAUAUAGACAAAAUUCAAAGAAAAAUAUCAAAUGAUCUAAAUAGAUCCUACUUUGGUUUCAUUAAGAAUUAGGAUAAAUUGAAGGAUUUAAUCCAAACAUUUAGAAAGAGAGAUUCUGUCAAUCCAUUAUACUUUUAUUGCAUGAAUUAAAAUCUCUUCCCUAAAAGAAUCGAUCUAUCGAAUUGUCUAAUUGAAUAAAAGGAAAUGAAUUUUAAAGAUUUGAAAGUCAAUUCAAAAUAUUUCCCACUAUUAUCAUAGUUGUUAAAAUCUAAAAAGUGCAAAAAAGUUAAGUCUAUCAUCUUAUCAAAUAAUCAUUUGAGAGAACACUCAUUAUCAAUAUUUAUCGAUUCCUUUCCAGAUUCAUUAAAAGAUUUGAAUUUAUCUCAAAAUGAAUUGGGAAGAUAGGGAGCUCUACUGAUUGCCAAAUUAUUUGACAAACAUAAAAACUUGAAGUCCCUAAAUAUUGCAAGCAAUUUAUUGGGGGAUCAAGGAGCAAUUACUAUUCUCAACGCUGUCUAAAAUGCUAAAACAGUUAAAAAAUUGAACUUGUCUCAAAACUAGAUUACUGAUAAGGCAACAUAAGAAUUAUAAAAUUUCUUAAUUUCAAAUCUAUCAAUAGAAGUCUUAAUUCUAAAUUGGAAUUAAUUAGGUCCUCAAUCAGGAAUUGGUAUUGCCAAAGCUUUGAAUUAGAAUAAGAAUCUAAAGGUGUUAGAUUUAAGCUAUAAUCAUUUAGGGUUUAAUGAAAAGAGUAAUUGUAUAGGUUAGUGGUGCUAAUUGAUUGAAAAUCCAAAUUUAGCUUUGUGUCAUCUAGAUAUUUCAUACAACCAAAUAAGCGAGAAAUAAAUGGUGUAAUUGUAAAAGUCACUCAUGAAGAAUAAUAAUUUAUAUGGGAUUCACGUUGAAGGGAACAAGUGUCCUGCUUUUAUAGAUGCUUUUGGAUUCUUGCAAUUCUCAAAACAAGAAAAUUUGAUAAAACAAGUCCAACAAAAAAAAAUAUAGAUUGAUGGAGUCAAUUAUAUUCCUAUAUGCAAUGGUUAAGAACUGUUAAUGGAUUGCUGUUGGAUUUGUUAAGGAUGGAAAGAACAUUAAUUUACUUACACUCCCGAUUAGAAUAGUGAAUAAGUGCCAAUAUUUUUGCAUUUGGAUUUCCUUGAUUAUAAGCCCAUUCCUAUGACUUCAAGCUUUGAGAUGAAAUAAUAAUUGAUGGAAUAGAAUAAGAGCAAUAAGUAAUUGGAACUAACAACAGGAGAAAUUAUCCAUUAGCUGAAAUCGAUAACUGAUGGUGAAAAAAAAAUUACAAUGGCAGCUAUUGAGGAAGCAUAUAAUGUUGAAAAUAAUACUAAAAAUGAAACUCAAAAUCAAAUUAUUGAAGAAUUUAAUAAGUUGUAUUACACCACCUAUCAGAUGUGUCCACCGAAAAGCAAAAUUCUAUAUUUUUUCUCCGAUCCUCUUAGAGAGAGAUACUUUUAUGAUCCUACUUUAGAGUAUGUCUAAAGUCCUAUUGAUGACUUAAUUUUAUAAGGGAAAGAUCCAAAACAUUAGAUGCACGUGUUUGCAGAUAACACUUAGAUUCCUUUUUAGAAAAUCAACUUUGUAAAUGUCUUAAACACUAAACAAGAAUAUGUUAUUGAUGAUAAAAAUAAUUACAAACCUUUGAUUAAAGUUAAACCAAGAAUCUUAUAAAGAAAAUAUAUAUUGACCAAAUAUUUAGGGAAGUUCAAAAAUAAGAAAGGGAAUGUUGCCAUCUGGUCAAAAGACGAUUCUCUUGUUUUCAGAGGAAUGAUUGGGGAUUCGGUGGAUAUUCUUGAUUAGGCUUUCGAAUAUGAUUGGGGUUGUUCAAAAAUUUAAAGAUUUGUUAAGAGUGACUAUGAAAGAAUGAAAUUAAAGGAAUAUUUUAGGCAAAAAUAUCAAUUGAUCAAAGACAUCUAUAAAUACUUUUCAAGUUUUGGAUAUUAGCCACCUGUUUAUGAUGUUUUCUGUAUUUAAUUUGGGCAAUUUCAUAAAAUUCUCUCCCCUAUUAUAGAUGGUGAAAACUUAAAAUAAUCAGAUGUUGAAAGUGACUUAGUUUCAAUUAAAAAUAAUGUAGAUACCAAAUUUAUUUACAAUCCUGAUAAGGCUAUUAUUAGAUAUCAAUUUAUGGAAGUCCUAUUUAGAUUAGCAAAUGAUAAAUUUAUUCGAUCAGGACAAUGUAAGAAUUUCGCCGAUGCAGUCUAUAGACUAUUGAAAGAACUUGAAUAGCAUUAUGAAAUUCUCGAUAAUAGCCAAUAGUGGAGACAGGAGAGAUUUUGGACAAAAGAGGUAGAUCUCACACUCUAAUUUAAAUAACCUUUUUUAAGAAAAUUGUAUGAUUUAGCUUCAGAUUUAACCAGUAAGAAAUGGUAUUUCAAAUUGAAGUGGGUUUCCAUUAAAGAAUUCAGAGAAUUUUGUAAAUUAUAUACUAAUGAUAUUCUAUCUGAAAAAUAAGUGACCGUCAUUUUUAACUAUUCGAUGUAAACCUAAGCAGAUGAAGUGACUUAAGAUCGUUUUCUAAGAAUGACUUUUAAUGAAUUUUUAGAGGCAUUGGGAAGAGUGGCUGAAAAAAUUAGUCCUGCUCCUAUUGGAGAAGAUGCCUAGAUUUGGCCUGUAAUGGCAAGGCAAACACUACCAUUACAUAUAAAAUUAGAAUCGUUACUAACUUUUAUAUUUCUAAAAUUGAGAAGGUAUUGGUUCAUUACUAUUUUUAGACAGCCUGAAUUCAUUCAAUUUACUGAUUUAUUUUGUAAAGAUAUAAUGGAUGCAUAGGAGACUAGAAUCAUUUUCAUGCCUAAAGUAUAUGAAAAAUAAUCGAAAUUAGAGAAUACUGAUGAGUUCGUCAUUACAACUACAUAAUUAACUGUGUACAACACAAUAUCCUUUUUUCAUUCUCAUCAUUAACCCUAUUUGCAUCCAAAUUAUCGAAAUUUCUUAAUGUAAACAGGAAAAAAACGAACUCUGAUGAAUCCAAAUUCUAAUAUUGUUAUUAAUAAUGGAUUUAGUAGAUAAGUUUCAGGAAGGACAACUAUUUUUGAACAAUAGCAACAAGCCUAAUACAAAAACAAUAUGAUAGCGGUAAUGGAAGAAUAUGAUGAUUAAUGA